AUGAGGGCCGUCAUUCUUGUUGGAGGAUAUGGCACCAGGCUGCGGCCGCUAACCCUUACCACACCGAAGCCCUUGGUACCAUUCUGUAACAAAUCCAUAACCCUCCGGCAACUGGAAGCACUCCGUGACGUUGGCGUUACACAGGUGGUGUUAGCGGUGGCUUAUCGGUCAGAGGUGAUGGCGGAAGUUACCCAGAAAUGGGCACGAGAGCUCGGCAUUUCCGUCGUAUGUUCCCUGGAGGUGGAGCCACUUGGCACCGCUGGGCCGCUGGCUCUUGCUCGGGAGUACCUUUUGCAGGACGACAAACCGUUCUUCGUCUUCAACGCCGAUGUUAUCUGCACUUUUCCGCUUCAGAAGCUUCUCGAUUUCCAUCUGAGUCACGGGAGGGAAGGAACCAUUGCGGUGACGAAGGUGAAGGAUUGGAGAAAAUAUGGGGUCGUGGUGCACGACGAGGUCACGGGUGCAAUCAAGCAAUUUGUGGAGAAGCCCCCCGAGUUCGUUGGAGACAGGAUAAACGCCGGCAUAUACAUAUUUAACAAAAGCAUCCUUAACCGCAUCAAGCUAGAGAAGACGUCCAUCGAGCGACAAGUGUUUCCAAUGAUGGCAAGCGAUUCACAACUAAGUGCUUUUCACCUUGAGGGGUUUUGGAUGGAUAUCGGUGUGCCAAAGGACUACAUAGAAGGUAUGGGUAAGUAUCUUGAUUCACUUGCUGGUACGUCGACCGAAGUGGGGUUCAGCUGUGAUGAGCGCAGGGUAUCCGAUCGGAGCUACGUGCUCAAGGGCUGUGUGAUGAUUCACCCCACGGCGAAAAUUGGUGAGGGAUCCGUUAUCGGUCCGCACGUUUCGAUCGGACCAGGUUGCGUCAUUGGGCCCUGCUGCCGCAUCCAGCGUACCGCCAUACUGGAUAACAGCACUGUUGGUCGCGGGACUCUAAUAGAGUCCAGCAUCGUGGGAUGGAAUGGAAGGAUUGGUUCGUGGUGCAGGAUAGUCAACGAUACGGUACUUGGUGAGGAUGUCCGUGUGGAUGAUGGAAAGUACCUGAAUGGUGUUAAAGUGCUUCCAAACAAGGAAAUUACCCAAAAUCACCCCGAACCAGAAGUGGUCAUGUAA